AUGUCAAUUCCAAAACCAGAAGGUUCUACACUCAGAUUGGGUUCUACAGCUCCUGAUUUCAAGGCCGAAACCUCUCGUGGACCAAUCUCUUUCCAUGACUUCAUUGGAGAUUCCUGGGUAGUGUUGUUCUCACAUCCUGAUGAUUUUACCCCUGUCUGCACAACAGAACUGGGAGCUUUCGCUAAACUGCAACCAGAGUUUGAGAAGCGGGGCGUGAAACUGAUUGGCUUGUCUGCCAAUACUACUGAUUCUCAUCAAGCGUGGAUCAAGGAUAUUGAUGAAGUAACUGGCUCACAUCUGACUUUUCCCAUUAUUGCCGAUCCAGAGCGCAAGAUCGCUUUGGCGUAUGACAUGAUUGAUUUUCAAGAUGCCUCUAAUGUGGAUGAUAAAGGAGUACAAUUCACUAUUCGUUCCGUCUUCAUUAUUGAUCCAAAAAAGAAGGUCAGGUUGAUCCUGUCUUAUCCUGCCUCUACUGGUCGUAACACUGCUGAAGUUCUUAGAGUCAUUGACUCAUUACAGACUGGAGAUAGAAACCGUGUAACCACCCCUAUUAAUUGGGUUCCUGGUGACGACGUUAUCGUUCAUCCAUCAGUAACUAAUGAGGAAGCAAAAAGUCUGUUUCCACAGUUUCGUGUGAUUAAACCUUACUUGAGACUUACUCCAUUGGAUCCUUCCAAAUGA